AUGCCACCAAAAAAGAAGGGAGUCGCUGAAAAGCCUAUCUUGCUCGGAAGACCAGGUAACAACUUGAAGUCUGGUAUCGUUGGUUUGGCCAACGUCGGUAAGUCCACCUUCUUCCAGGCUAUCACCAGAUGUCCUCUUGGAAACCCUGCCAACUAUCCAUUUGCUACCAUUGAGCCAGAGGAGGCCAGAGUCAUUGUUCCUUCUGCUCGUUUCGACAAAUUGUGUGAAUUGUACAAGCCUAAGAGUGAAGUGCCUGCCUACAUGACCAUCUUCGAUAUUGCCGGUUUGACUAAAGGUGCAUCCCAAGGUGAAGGUUUGGGUAACAACUUCUUGGCCAACAUCCGUGCCGUCGAUGCCAUCUACCAGGUUGUCAGAUGUUUUGAUGACCCAGACAUUAUUCACAUCAAUGACGAGGUCAACCCUAUUGCUGACUUGGAUAUUAUCAAGGAUGAGUUGAGAUUGAAGGAUAUUGAGUUCGCUCAGAAGCAUUUGGAGAGUGUGGAGAAGAUCACCAAGAGAGGUGGUCAGUCCUUGGAAGUCAAGCAGAAGAAGGAGGAGGCUGAGUUGGUUAAGCGUAUCAUCCAGUUGUUGGAGGAUGGUGGCCGUGUUGCUAACCAGAAGUGGACCCAAAAGGAGGUCGAGGUGAUCAACUCCAUGUUCCUUUUGACAGCUAAGCCAUGUAUCUACUUGCUCAACUUGAGUGAGAGAGACUACGUCAGAAAGAAGAACAAGUGGUUGUUGAAGAUCAAGGAGUGGGUUGAUGCUAACUCUCCUGGUGACGUGAUCAUUCCACUUUCCGUUUCCUUGGAGUCUAACUUGUCUACCAUGUCCUCUGAUGAGGAGAGAGAAGCUUACUGUAAGGAGAUUGGUGCUGAAUCUGCUUUGCCAAAGAUCAUCACUGUUAUGAGACAAAAGUUGGACUUGAUCUCCUUCUUCACUGGUGGUCCAGAUGAGGUCAGAGAGUGGACCAUCAGAAGAUGGUACACUGCCCCACAGGCUGCCGGUACUAUUCACACAGACUUGGAGAAGACCUUUAUCUUGGCCCAAGUCAUGAAGUACGAUGACUUGAUUGAGCUCAAGGAUGAAAAUGCGGUCAAGGCCGCUGGUAAGUUGUUGCUGAAGGGUAAGGACUACUACGUUGAGGACGGUGACAUCUUGUAUGUGAAGGCUGCUGACGGUAAGGCUCGUUAA